AAUGCAAGAGAACACAGGCAGGAAUCCAGAUCUUACAAAUUUCCCAAUAAUUUCCAAGACAGAAUUUGCCCUAAUCACAUCACUCUUGGGCCACUGUUGCCGGCCUUCAAAACUGUGCUCCUCCGCUCCCCUCGCCGGCGCUGCUACCGUCCUCCUUUUGACGUUUCUCUUGAGCUCAGAGCCGGCGGCUACAAACACUAAUUGUCAGAAAAGCUGUCGUUUGGAGCUGAACCUUCUCGAAUUUUUCCUUCGUUUCAGUGUUAGAGAAAGCAGAAAAUCGAACUCGCUUGCUGCCUUGUUUGUGCAGUGCACACAGUCCUGUAGAUAGCUGCAUCAGAUUCCAUUCCACAGGAAGGGGGAACAUGUCGGGAGGCAGUGCUGGUUUAUAUGAAAACUUUAAUAUGAGGUCCGGCGGUGCGGAUCUAGCAAGUGCUAUAGUCCCUUUGUUGAAGCUGCUAUGUCUUACUGUUAUAGGACUAUUUCUUGCAAACCCUAGAAUGCAAUUCAUCCCCAGAGCCACAUUUAGACUCCUUAGUAAACUUGUUUUUGCUCUGUUCUUGCCCUGCCUUAUAUUCACCGAGCUCGGGGGAAGCAUUACUCUUCAGAACUUUCUGGAAUGGUGGUUUAUACCUGUAAAUGUGCUUGUCAGUACUGCUUUGGGGUGCUUACUCGGGUUCUUGGUGGUUGUCAUAUGUCGCCCUCCGCCGGAGUUAACCAGAUUUACUAUUAUAAUGACAGGGUUUGGGAACACCGGGAAUCUUCCCCUUGCCUUGGUUGGAUCCGUUUGCCAUAGUAAGGAUAACCCAUUUGGAUCUCACUGCAACUCAAGAGGGGUAUCUUAUGUGUCCUUUUCACAAUGGGUUGCUGUGAUUCUUGUAUACACCUUUGUCUAUCACAUGAUGGAGCCUCCUAUGCAGUAUUAUGAGAUUGUCGAGGAAGGGAAUGAGAUUGAGGAACAGAGACUUAACGAUAUCAGUAGGCCGCUUCUUGUUGAAGCUGAGUGGCCUGGAAUUGAGGAUAAAGAGACUGAACAUUCUAAGACUCCUUUUAUUGCCAGGGUUUUUAAGAGCAUCUCAGGAAUAUCGUCAUCUACUGUACCAGAUCUCGAGAUUACAGCGGAAAGCAGUGGUGGGAACAGUCCUAGGUCUAUUAGGUGUUUGGCGGAACCUAGAGUUGUUAGAAGAAUUCGAAUUGUUGCUGAACAAACACCAAUUCAGCACAUACUUCAACCCCCAACAAUUGCAUCUCUAUUGGCUAUCUUCAUUGGAAUGAUACCUCAACUGAAAGCUUUGUUCUUUGGAUUUGAUGCACCAUUGUUAUUCAUUACAGACAGCUUAGAGAUUUUAGGUGGGGCAAUGGUACCUUCUGUGAUGCUCGUAUUGGGGGGCAUGCUUGCUGAAGGUCCAAAUGAGUCGAAACUUGGACUUAGAACUACGAUUGGUAUAAUUGUGGCAAGACUCCUGGUUCUUCCUCUUCUGGGAAUUGGGAUUGUGACAUUGUCAGAUAAGCUAAAUUUCUUGGGUGAGCCUGAUGCCAUGUUCAGAUUUGUGCUUUUGUUACAGUAUACUACACCAAGUGCUAUUUUACUGGGAGCGAUUGCCAGCUUGCGGGGCUAUGCAGUUAGUGAAGCUUCAGCGCUUCUCUUCUGGCAACACAUAUUUGCCCUAUUCUCCCUUUCCUUGUACAUUGUAAUCUAUUUCAAAAUAAUUUCAUACAUCUAAGUUGCUGUAUGAUUUACUACCCUGGGGUUAUGGGUGGUAUGAUGUUGAUAAUAAAAUAUUCUCUUCAUGUCAUUUGUAUAUUGCAUUUGGUUUGGCACCGAUGAUGCCAGAAAAUAAUGUUGUUAAAAUAUUGAACUGGGUUUUAGGAUUUCAUUAGCUCA